CUCUUCGUCUCGGCAGGAGUUGAGCGGUGUGCUCUCUUCAUCCGCCUCCACACUAUGCAAACGAUCGGCGGCGGACACGUGGAGAAACAUGCCAGAAACUCAUGAAACUCAUGAAGCUUAUCACACACAUGGAUGGAUGGAUGGAUGGAUGGAUUGUGUGGGUUGCGUGCGUACGCGAGGAUGAAACUGAUUGGUGGGUGGCCACAGAGAGAGAGACGGACCACACACGGACGCCAUCUCUCCCUCUCUCUCUCUCUGUGUGUGUGUGUGUGUGUGUGUGUGUGCAUUCAGAACCACGAGGGCGUGUUAGGCCCCAACCGCUGUCACCUCCCCCGCCUCGUGGGCAUCCUCUCGCGCCUACCCCCAACACACACGUCUCUCUCUCUCUCUCUCUGUGUGUGUUUCGUUCUGCCAGGCCACGAGCAGCUGCACCAGUGGCAGCAGAGCGGCGCCUUCAAGCCAAAGGAGGCCGAGCGCAUCGAGAAGGUCUGGAAGGACAUAGCCGUCCAAAGCGCCAAACAGCACCACCAAGCAGCCACAGCAGCUGCCCACACACCCUCCCCCACCGCACAGCAGACACUGCACCCGACGGCUCCCCACCUGCCGUCCCCCCACCCAUCGCCCGAGGCCUCCCCGCUGCACCCCCAGCAGCAGACUUUCGGCGGCACACACGCAGCCGGAUAAUGACACACACCGACAGCCAGCGUCAUGGUGUGUGGAUGCGUGUGUGGUGUGAGUGGUGGUCCCUUCCUCCAGUCGUCAUUGCAUGUAAACCGACGAGAAAAGGACAGUCGACUGAUUGAUUGGUGCAUGAGCAAGACAGACGUACAAAACGGGUGUUUUGUUUCGUUUCGUCUUCUCUCUCUCUGUGUUGUGUGUGUGUCUGUCUGAGUGUGAGUGUGAGUUUUAAUGCGUGAAUGACUGAAUGGGUGGCUGGAUGGAUGAGUGCGUUCGUCCGUGGCUUUUCUCUGUCUGUCUCUUUUUG